AUGCACCUCGCCGUGGCCCUCACUCUCGCCCUCUCCCUCCUCCUCGUCGGCGGCGUUGUCGUCCGCGCGCAGCCGUUCGACUACCCGACGACGAAGCCCUCGACAGCGUGGGCCAACACGGACGCGUCCCUCACGCACCACGUCACGUACGCGGACGGCUCCGUGGCGCGCACCCUCAACCCGGCGGGGUACGGCUUCUUCUGCACCAACCACCAGGCGCCGCCGUGCGCCGAGUUCCUCUUCGGCGUGGCCGUCGUGUACUACAACAGCGGCGGGCUCAUGACCUCCGUCGUGGCGGGCAUCCCGCAGCUCCCCGCCGUCGGCGCAGGGACGGUACAGUACAUGCGGCUGGAGCACGACGGGCACCUCCGGCUGUACGAGUGGAAUCCCGCGGGGUGGGCGCCGGUGUUCGACGUCCUGCGCCUCUUCCCAGACGACUGUGCGUUCCCGACGGUGUGCGGCGCGUAUGGCGUGUGCACGGACAUGCAGUGCAGCUGCCCCGACGCGGCCAACUUCCGGGCGGUGGACUUCCGGAGGCCCAACCGCGGCUGCGUCCCGACGGCGUCGGCGCUGGCUGCAUGCGGCGGGCCGCCGGCAAGGUUGGUGUCGCUGCUCGGGCUGAGCUACUUCAACGACCCGGCCACCAGCCUAAGGACGCUGGAGAGGGUAAGUGACGCCGCGUGCAGGAAGGCGUGCCUGGACGAGUGCCUGUGCGCGGCGGCGCAGUUCGUGUACGGCGCCGACGCCGGCGACGGCUUCUGCUACCUGCAGUCGGAAGUGCUGUCGAUGGAGACGUCGUGGCCGGAGGUGGUGCACUACAGCUCCACCAUGCAUCUCAAGGUGCGGGCCACGCGUCGUCCGUCAGCCGGGAUUUUAGUGAGUGGAGUGGGCUACUUUUGUAUUGGAUUACACUAG